UCCAUGUCAAAUAGGACUGGUAGCUGAAUUUCUUCUGAAUUCCCUCGAUAUAUGUACUUCCAACAAAGAGAAAAUUGAGAAGAAACCAAGAGAGUGAGUACACACACGUCUAAAUAUUCCUUGUGCCAUUUGACAGUUCACACAGUUCGCAUUGCAUUGUAUUAAUUAUCUCUUUUGUUUGAUCGGAUCGAACAAAACCCUAUUUUCUCUUUUUGAGGGGUCGAUCGAUUAAACCAAUCGGUCGAUUUCGUCCUCAAAGAUAAACAAUGAUGAUGCAAAAACAGAAGAUUAGUCCUCCCAAGCAUCGCCAUGACGGAACUUCACCUCUACCACUGGGAAUGGAUUGGAGUCCUCCACCUAAAAAAUGGGAUGGAAGAGCCACCGUCUGGCCACAUGAUUCUCAAUCAGGAUGGAGUUACUGUGUUACGAUUCCUUCUUGGAUUACCCUACCCAAGUCGAGUGAUGCAGAGGGAAUAGUGUUUUACAGGGUCCAAGUUGGUAUUCAAUCACCAGAUGGGGUUAGCACAGCACGAGGAGUUCUUCGAAGAUUCAGUGAUUUCAUGAAGCUUUUCUCUGAUCUCAAAAGGGCGUUCCCUAAAAAAAAUCUUCCCCCAGCACCAUCGAAACACGUACUGAGAAUAAAUUCCAGCAGAUCACUGCCAGAAGAGAGAAGGUCUUCUUUGGAAGAGUGGAUGCAAAGGCUACUCUCUGAUAUUGAUUUAUCUAGGAGCGUUCCUGUGGCUUCAUUCCUCGAGCUAGAAGCUGCUGCUAGGUCUUCAUUUCAAGAUAAGCAAUCGCCUGCUGGUACUUCGUCAUCUGCUCCUGGUUAUGGAAGUGAUAGGGCAUACGAGGCAUCUGAGCUUGGAACACCGAGGCAAGUACGGGAAUACAGCUCUGAAAUCGGUACGGAGGAUCUUGACCUGGAUCAAGAUUUGGCCUCCCCGAUAGAAACACUUACAUUUAGCAUGUCCAGCGAUGAUAAUGGUUUUUUUACGGGGAGAAAUAUGCUAGAGAAGCUAGAAGGGUUUCCCAGGCAUAAACUCAAUGCAAGCAAAGAAAGUGGUCUUGUAAAAGAUGUAAGUGAUGUUUCCAAGCUUGGAUCAUUUUCUGGGGAUAGGAUGGACUGUCUUUCUGAACCAGAGUACGGUAGGUUGGCCAGUCAUGCUAGGAAACAUUCUACGGACAGUGUUGGAAGUGACAUAAGUUCCGUUAGAGGUAGUGAAAUAUCCAAUACUGGGAUAGCUAGUUCACUUGGUGAUGGUUUCCUUGAAUUCGGUGGAAGUGCCGAAGCUUCAACAACAGAAAUGGAGUCUCCCAAUACACAAAUUGUUCUUCCAUUAGAUCAGCGCCAGAAAAUGAAUAGAGUUCUUCUCACCAUGCAACGGCGAUUAGGUACUGCAAGAACGGACAUGGAGGAUCUUAUAGCAAGACUAAAUCAAGAAAUUGCGGUGAAGAAUUACCUUACAACCAAGAUUAAGGAUUUGGAGGUGGAAUUAGAAACUUCCAAGCAGAAAAGCAAAGAGAAUCUUCAGCAAGCCAUCUUAGUUGAAAGGGAAAGGUUUACCCAAAUGCAAUGGGAUAUGGAGGAACUUCGUAGAAAGUCUUUGGAGAUGGAGAUGAAAUUGAAGUCUGAGCAGGAUGAAAAAGCUCGCACGGAGUCAACAAAAACAUCUGCUGUCUUGGAGAAUGAAUCUCUGGUCCAGGAAUUGGACUCCACUAAACAAAAGCUUGUGAACUUGCAGAAGAAUCACGAAGAGCUACUUUUGAAAUCAAAGGCAGAUACAAAAGUUCUCAUUAGAGAGGUUAAAUCCCUCAGAAAUUCUCAAAUCGAGUUAAAGCAGGAACUUAGUCAGUCACUUACGGAAAAAUCUGAGCUCGAGAGAGUUCUUCAAAAGGAAAAGCGAAGAACAGAACAUGCAAUAAACAGUAAACAAAAGCUACUGCAUGAAUGCGGAGUUCUUCGAGAUCGUCUUCAAGAGUGUAGUGUUAAUCUCUUUGAAGAAGAAAAAGAUAGAAUCACAGUGGAUACUUCAUUAUCAGAUGCUUUAGAUCUCUUGGCAACCUCUGAUAACAGAAUUGGCUUACUACUUGCAGAGGCACAACUCCUUGCACAAGUUGAUGGUGAUGAUGAAACCUCUGCUGUUUACGCAAGCAACGGUCAAGGUGUUGGUAAUGGCGAAAAUCUAGGAACAAUGGAUUAUGAAAUUAGGAAGAUGUUAACAGACAUCUUCAUUGACAAUGCAAGACUGAAGAAGCAGGUAAAUGGUGUUGUCCGUUGUGCGCUUAAAACAACCCUGAAGCCUGAGAAAGAUGAAGACAGUGAAAAAGAAGAGGAAUAGCUAUCAUCUGGAAAGAUAUUACUAGAAAAAUGAGUUUUGAUGGUGAAGGUGUAAAUUUUUUUAGCUCUUGUAUAACUUGUAGGUUAGAAAGCUAGGUAAGCUUUGUUCCUCAUCCCACUCUGUAAGAAAUGUGAUUGUAUUCAAUUGUCAAAGUUACUGAAACAAGUACAAGACCGAGUCUUAUAUACAGAUAAGACUUACAGGUAAGAGAAGGAAAAUGGAACGGAAAGAAAAAGAUACAGGCGGUGAAUUACAGCUGUAAUUAGCUAUCAUACACACCAAAUGGAACACUGCCAUUAGUUAAUAUAUGAGCAUACGGAUUGCUCAGUCAGCAGUACAUAACUGCUUCUAACUCACUCCUGGAAAUGUAUUACUGAGCAUAUCCUUUGCCCCAAUACUGGUGUUAGAAUUUGCAGAAGCAUUUCUUCGUUUAAUUUUGUGGUUUCGCAUAAUAGAAAAAGUAUUUUUUUUCCCGAAUUGUCUCAUAAUGGAUCGAAGGAUAAG